AUGAAGCUAAUCACUUUUUUCGCCUUGUUUUUCCUACUACAAAGCACUACUAUUCUUUCUUUUGUUGCUACAGACUAUUCUGUAGCGACAUCACAAUAUGGUGGUAACACUUCUUCGCCUAUUACUAGCCAAUCACCACCUUAUCAUGGCUAUCAACCGGCUAAUUCUCCAAGUACACCACCUCCGAGGCAUGCUCCACCACACCAUGCCCACCCACCACUUUCCCAUGGUCAUAUACCACAAUUUGUUGGUAGUCCUCCACCUCCAUCACCUCUAUAUUCACAACCAUCGCCGCCGCCACACUCAUUACAUUCACAUGGACAUGCUCCACCCCCUAAAGGGCAUACGCCACCUAAAGGACAUCAUCAACCUUCACCCCCAAGUCAUUAUGCACAUUCUCCACCACCAACACCAAUUUACUCUCCUCCUCAAGUGCAACCUCCACCACCGACUUAUUCAUCUCCUCCACCUCCAUAUUCACAACCAUCACCGUCACCACAUUCACCGCCCUCACAUAGAUAUUCACCACCUCCUAAAGGGCACACACCACCUAGAGGACAUAAUCCACCAAGACAUCAUCAACCUUCACCUCCGAGUCAUCAUGGACAUCCUCCUCCUACACAUGCACAACCACCACCAACUCCAAUUUACUUGCCUUCACCUCAAGUGCAACCUUCACCUCCGACUUAUUCACCUCAUCCAUCUACAUACCCACCACCAUCACACUUGCCACCUUCACAUGGACAUGUACCACCUCCUAAAGGGCACAAACCACCUAGAAGACAUCAUACACAUUCACCUCCGAGUCAUCAUGGACAUCCUCCACCAACAUACUCGCAGCCACCAUCUCCACCAACGUACUCUUCUCCCCCACCUGCACAAUCACCUCCACCUCCACCAACAUACUCCCCUCCUCCACCUGCACAAUCGCUACCACCACCUCUACCAACGUACUCCCCUCCUCUACCUGCAAAAUCACCACUACAUCUACCAACAUAUUCCCCUUCUCCACCUGUACAAUCACCACCACCUCCACCAACACACUCUCUUCCUCCAUCAACAUAUCCCUCUCCCCCACCUGCACAAUCACCACCACCUCCACCAGCAUACUCCUCUCAUCCACCUGCACAAUCACCACCUCCACCAUCACCAAUUUACUCGCCUCCACAACCAUUAGCCCCUCUUCCACCUACAUACUCACCACCACUACUAACUUCUCCUCCUCCACCAACACAUUCGCCUCCUCUCCCUGCUUACUCUCCACCUCCACCAUGGACUACAUAUUCUCCCCUUUCUUCUCCAUACGGUCUUCCACUAAGCACUCCAUAA